GAUUGAAUAGCAGAUAAAGCUUCACUUGUCCGUAUAAAUUGAUAGCUUUCUUAUCCUUUCUGUUAAUACGUACAUAUGACUGAUCACUCAAAGAAGCCUGCGAAUAUUGAAGAACUAAGAAGACUAAAAAUGGCCAAGAAAGAAGCCAAAAAGCUUCAAAGUAUGGCACAAAACCAAAAACAAGUAAUACCUCCAAAGCUUUUGGAACGUGAAUUUGUAGCUGUACCCAACCAGGAACCACUCAAGUGUAUCUUAGGUAGUAUCCGUAUCAUGACAUUUAAUAUCCUAGCGCAAUUGUUGAUAAAACGCGAAUUAUUUCCUGAUUCAGGCGACUAUCUGAAGUGGGUAAGAUGUCGUAUUAUUUUGUAAAGUGAUGACUCAGCGUUAAAUAGAAAAUAAGAAGAAAGAUGAUUGUGGAUGAGAUCAAGCUUUAUGAUGCAGAUAUCUUGACCAUUCAAGAAUUGGAUAAUUUUGAUGAAUUUUACAAGCAGAUCUUUACUGAACUAGGAUAUCAAGUUGAGUAUUACUGCCAUCCUUCAAAGCGUCAUGGUUGUGGCAUUGUGUACAAAAAAAACAAAUACACAAAAGUGGAUUAUGAUACCAUUAACUAUGAUCUGGAUACACUCUGUUCGCCUUCUGUUUUGACAGGCAACAUCGGACAACUCAUUGCGCUUAGAUUGAGUGACCAACCAAACACUGGAUUUGUAAUUGGUAAUACGCAUCUGUAUUGGAGGCCAUCUUCCAAUUAUGAAAGGUGUAGACAGACAAUUAUUUAUGCCAAUCGACUGUUGGAAUUUAGAUCACAGCUUGCAAAAGACAUAUCAUGGAUCUCUUUCUUAAACGGUGACUUUAACACUACUCCUGAUGACCCAGUUUAUGCCUUGUUAACAACAAAUGAAUUCACACAGGAUAUCGUAGAGAAUUUGGCAGAAUCACGUCUGAUCACUCUCCAAAAGAAAGAUGGGUUAGAAGAAGAAGAAGAAGAAAAGGUUGAAAGUGAUAGAAUUAUUAUAACUGAAGAUGUAGAUACAGCAGAAAAAUUACUGGCUAAAUACAACAAGACAAAAUGGACAAGUAUUUAUAGUCAUUUUGGCAAAAUUGGUCCUCCCGAACUUGUUGGUUUGUUUGGUGAACCUAAGUUCACAGAUUAUGCUUCACAAUUUAAAGGAACACUAGACUAUAUGUUUGUUGACGCACCAGUAAUCAUCAAACAAUUACUAACACCACCAAAAGAAGAGUACCUGAAGCCAUCCUUACCCAAUAAGCAUUUUGGCAGUGAUCAUUUAUGCUUAAUUGCAGAUAUAGAGUUUCAAUAAAAUUUUUUUUCUUUUCUCUUUUAUCCUUUUUUUGUUUUGUUUUAUAUGCAAGUUCAGCUACUUAUACCAAGCCAGUUUCAAAAGAACCAGAUAGUAGAGACCAACCGAAGUGAAACUAUCUCUGCUUUCCGUAAGCAGGUAGCUAAACUUAUUGGUAUGUCUGAAGACUCUUUUCUGUUGAUCGCGUUUGGAAAAAUUAUGCUCGAUAUUUCUCUAGAUGAGAAACCAGCUACUUUAUACCAUACUUAUCGUGUUAGAGACAGAACCUGUGUAUUUGUUCACUUGAAGCCACC